AUGCAUUCGCAUAUGCACGUGAACAAGCAGUUUCACAUAACUCCACAGACGAGUCUUUGUCUCGGCUUAAUAGCCAAUGGUGCAGCCAACCCGCCACUCUUCCUCAGCUACCAGGACAGCAUCGGCCAAUAUAGCUUCGGCUACAGUGGACCGAUGUCAGCGCGCUCGGAGUACCGAAGCUCGGACGGUGUAACACGCGGCACGUACAGUUACAUCGACAGGAAUGGCCUCAUCCAAACGGCCGAGUACGAGGCCGGCAACGAUCUUGGCUUCAGGAUCAAGGCCACGAAUCUGCCGGAGGCUCCGCACCCCGUGCAGGAUACCCCCGAAGUCAAGGCUGCGCGCGAUAAACACCUGGAGCUGCUGGAGGAGGCGAAGCGCCGGGUGGAAGCCACGGCGAAAAGCAACGUUGGACCUUCGCUACCGAGGAUUCGGAGCAACGCACAAAUGCCACUCUUUCAACUACGAGUGCCCAAUGCAGUUCAUGUGGAUUAUCAGUCAGGAAAACUAAUGCCUCAGGGAAAAAAUGCAGCAUCAGUUGAACAUUUGCAACAUGAUGAUCGGAGUAUCGAAUUACCAGCCAAAAUUAUAUUUCACUCCAAUAUCGGCCCGGAGACAUCAGCACCUUCUUCUCCAACAAUACAGUCUGAGCCAAUUCAAUAUACGCCAGAGGUGACGGCUGCGCGAAAAGCUCAUUUCAGGUUUUAUGACACCGCGGCCAAACUCGCAACCCUGACUGAUUCGGAUCCCAAUGUUCUCAUGCAAUUAUACAGAAAUCAAGCGGAUAGAUCAAAAACCUCAAUGUUAAUGCAAAUUGAUAUCAAGGAUCAAUUAAAUUUAAUAGACAGCAAUGGGAAUUCCUUCAUAAAUGUUUUAGCGAACGUUACUAAUAAUUGGAAGGAUGAAGUGGAUAAAUUACAAGUCAUUCAUUUGAUCACAACUAGAGAUAAAUCAAAGCAUGCAUUAGGUAAGUUAUUAUGUACUGGUGUAGAGUGA